CUUUCUCCGGUAUUUUCUGUAUUAUAUUUGUUCUAGAUCUCAACAAAUUAGGUAAACCCCAGCUUCAUUAGUUGUUGGGAGUAUGUCCAUGGAAGGUCCGCCGCGUGUGAAGGGGCAUGUGGUGGCUCUGCCUUUCCCGACCAGAGGGCAAGUCAACCCCAUGAUGAACCUCUGCAAAUUUAUCGCUUCAAGAAGAAACAAUGAGGUUCUCAUCACCUUCGUCGUCACCCAAGAGUGGCUCGGCUUCAUCCAAUCUUACUCCAAGCCGGACACUAUCCGCUAUGCCACCAUCCCCAACGUCAUCCCUUUGGACGGCCAGAUGCUCGACGAUGUUCCUGGUUUCACCGAAGCCGUCGCCACCAAGAUGAGAACUGCAUUCGAGCAGCUUCUCGAUCGACUCGAGCCGCCUGUUACUGCUAUCGUCUCUGAUGCUGAAUUGCCUUGGCCAGCUCCUGUGGGAAACUCUAGGAAUAUUCCGGUGGCUCUGUUAUGGACGAUGCCGGCAUCGUUCUUUGAAAUGUUCCGUCAGCUGUAUAUCUUGGCUCCUGGCCCUGACAGGCGUUUGUCGGUUGAUCUUUUGGGUAAUGUAUCCUAUACCACCCUAGUUUCAUUGUUUACCUAA